UUUAACCCUUGUCUGGAUAUCCCAGAUUUUGAUGCAAAUCAGGACUCACCGGUGGAAAUCUUGCACGUUGUCCUCCUUGGAGUAGUCAAGUACUGGUGGCGCGACGCUGUUUCACGUCAGAAUUCCAAAGGCAAGGAGGAACUCAAAACCCGCCUUUCGAGCAUAGAUACUGCAGGCCUCGGGACGUCUCGCCUUAGGGGACACACGCUAGUGCAGUAUGCUGGCUCCCUCGUAGGCCGGGACUUCCGACUGAUCCUUCAAGUUGGACCAUCCGUCUUGCAUGGAUUGAUCCUAGAGACCCACUAUAAGGGCUGGUUAGCAUUAUGCCGGCUGGCUCCGCUCUUAUUCCAACCGAGCAUCGAACACAUGGAUAUCUAU